AUGGCGAACCUUCGAACAGAAUCCUCUCCCAAGCCAGAGCUGCCUGAACCUUCGCUGUUGGCGAGAUACACGUGUGCAUCCAUUCUAAUGGGAAUCUUCGCAAUAUGGGGCAAAUACACAUUUGUGAACGAAGCAGAACUACAAGUUGGAGAAGACCUUCAUGAUUACAAAGUUCCUCUUGGCUUUACUGUGUUCUACCUCGUGAGCCUCCCCCUGAUGAGAGAAAUGGUGGAUAGGUUUGCCAUUGUGGAUAUGAAACUUCUUUUGAAGGAAUCCAUGAUUCUUUACAACGCUGCCCAGGUUGCGCUGAACGCCUGGAUGGUCUAUAAAAUGGUAGAUGCAGUUCUUUUCCGUGGUCACCCCUUUGUGGGCAGUAUAACCGCUCCUCUCGAAGCAGGAGCAAGCUACGCUGUCUGGGUGCACUAUUGUGAUAAGUACCUGGAGUUCAUUGACACUUACUUCAUGGUGUUGAGGGGCAAAAUGGAUCAGGUCUCUUUUCUCCAUGUGUACCAUCACUUCACAAUAUCUUGGGCCUGGUGGAUUGGAGUUUGGUUAUGGCCCCAUGGAGACUGCUACUUUGGAGCUCUCUUGAACUCGCUAAUACAUGUCAUGAUGUACUCAUACUACACUCUUAGUCUGUUGAGGGUCUCCUGCCCCUGGAAAAAGUACCUGACAAUGGCACAACUUACUCAGUUCACAACGGUAGUCAUAUAUUCAGUUGUGAGCUUCUGUUCUCUACCGGAAGAAAGCACCUGGAGGCAUGUGGUUGGCCUGGGUACUCAGGUCUUUGAAAUGACGAGCUUGUUCGUCAUGUUCAUGCAUUUCUACAGGAAGUCAUACAACAAAGGAAAGAAAGCAAGCCUACCAAAGGCUCCCGAAAAACUUGUAAACAUCGAGAAAACCGAAUCCACCAGCAGCACCGGAAGCAGUGAAUCAUCUCCCAGGGCCAGCGAAACAUCGGACACUGGAUCUGAGCAAUCAGAAUCUGACUCUGAACAGAGUGACUGA